AGAAACAAUACAGUUUUUGAGAUAAAAGAAAUUUUCAAAUAAAUGGUUAAGAUAACUAUUGUUGGAAGGGUAAGCGAUGGAUUGCCUCUAGCACAAGGACUCAGAUAUAUGAAUCAAGAAAAUGGCUAUCUUUCAUGUUACAGACAACAAGCAGAGUUCAUACUCCAAGAAAUUUCAAAGGGAGCAUUGACAGCUUCCAAGAUGACUGUUCAUAUUGAUCAUUACUGCUUCAACUACUUGGUCGAGAAUGGGGUUGUUUUCAUUGUCUUGUGUGAGUCCACGUACCCAAGAAAAUUGGCUUUCCAUUACCUACAAGAUAUACAAAAGGAGUUUGAGAGGUUUGAUAAAACCCUCAUAGGCAAAAUCACAAGGCCUUACAGCUUUGUCAAAUUUGAUGGUGUAAUUGCAAAUAUUAGCAGACAAUAUAUUGAUACAAGAACCCAGUCCAACCUAUCAAAGCUCAAUGCUAACCGGAAACAAGAAUUAGAUGUUGUUACCGAAGACAUGUCCAACAUUUUAGAAAGGAGGAGAAAUUCAGAAACAAAGAGAAGGUUACCAGUUACACCUCAACCUGCAUCCUCCAUAUGGUGUUCUCCAUGUCUUGAGGUGAUUGCGUUGAAAUGGACCCCUAUUAUGAUCAUUGUCAUAACAUCAAUGGCUCUUCUAUGGGCUAGCUUAUUCCUCACAGACAGCUUUAUUAUUUCAAGUUGGUGACAUUCCUCAGACCAAGACUAAAAAUGAUGGUUUAAUAUCAUAAAACUGCAAAAGUGGAAGGACUUAAAGAUAUGCAUGGCCCACUAAUAUUAAAUAUGACACAACUUUGAUGUUGGAGAAAAAAUAAAGAUAUGUAGUGGCCCACUGCCAUGCCUUCCCAGCACAAUCCAGGAAAAACAGAGA